CUCUUUUCUAAUUGUAAAACAUCAAGUUUUUUUUGCGUCCACCUUUUGCCUGUCACAGUAAAAACGUGCAAAAAAUGAUGAAAAUGUGUUUGAAUUCCAUCCCCUUCCUCGAAUUGGGUGAUCCAGCCGUAAAAAUACAAGUACUAACAGAAUUUUCCCGAUAUUUCUUUUAUUCAAACAUAUGUCACGUGUGUAAAUCUCACGAUAAUGAACUACCCUUGAAAAAAUGCGGAAACUGUAAAAUGAUUUCGUAUUGUAGCCGAGAACAUCAAAAAAAGCACUGGCCCUUGCACAAAAGCUUUUGCGAAAAUAUCAAUAGUUUAAAGCAAAUGCCUGAUGAUCGUAAUAUAUAUAAAGGACAAGAAGAUGAAUUGAGAAAAAGGCACGUUUAUAUGAAAGUUAAUUUAAUUUAUUUAAUGGAAAAGUCCUUGAAGAGAGAACUAGAACCUUAUGAAAAUGAAAUGAUUGAGUAUUCAAAAGUAUGUGAAGUUUGUUACGAAACAGACAUUAAUCUGCUGAGAAGCUGCCCAGAUUGUCCCCAUGCAAAUUUUUGUACCCUACACAAAGGUGAUCCAACUCAUGGUAAAUUUUGCUCGAAUUACAGAAAGUGCUUCCUGCUAGAUUACUAUGCUAUAGUGUUUCAAGAAAAUCCAUCUCCGAGGAUGAUGGAAUUUACUCCAGACAAUUUCGAAAACACACGUCUUCCAAAUUCGAUGCAGAAAUAUUUGGACAUUUUUUAUAAGCCUCGUGAAGGCUCACAAUUGGAUAUCUCACACGAAGACGUGAAAAUGUACGUAUCGCAACAUUUCACGAGACCCUUGACUCUGAUUUUUGCAAUGGAUAAAAUCGGGUUUAAACCUGAAUCAGAGUUCACUAUUCACGUAAUUGGCGCAAGCAAGCGCGAAGAAAAUUCGGCGAUCGAGUGGGAAAUUUUAUUUCAUUGGUUACCUCAGUUGAUGAAUUUAAAAGUUGCGCUCGUUGGGCCUGAACUUUCCAACAGGCCUUUGAAAACCGAGAAUAAAUCGAAUCUGUGUGACAAGUGUGCUUUCAGGGGAAAAACUGUAGAAGUUGAGAUUCAUAGUACGCUUUAUGAAUCUUAUUGCAAAGGGAAGUAUUUCGUACAACCAGACAUAAUUAUUGGCUUUAACCUUGGAAUUAUAGCCUAUCGUUCCUGGAAAAAUUCAAUUUUGGAAAUUGCAAACUUGAACUGUCCUUUUGUACUCACAGCAUUUUCCGAACGAGAAGCUGAGGAUGAUUAUAAAAUAAUGUGUUGGGAAUUUGAAACGAGUGCAAAAGUGGAGAGGAACCCUUUCGCUAGUCUACGGCCCAAAAGAAGUCCGAUAGGCGACAAAGUUUUCUACGAAAAUCAAUUCUUUACCGUUUACAAUGAUUUAGAUCAGAGUAAUGUGGAUAAAGUCGAAAAAGAGGAGAGAAAACUAUAGAAAUUUCGUUUAUAACGUAAGCUAGGGAAAAUACCUUAAAUUCUGAUCCAUAUAAUUAGCUUGCGUUAAGUUGGGACAAACUGGAACAUUUUAGGAAGCCAAAUCAAAUUUUGAGACAAAAAAUAAUGGAAGAAAACGAAAGUUUGUAAUGCUACAAAGUAAAAAUAUUACUUUGCAAAUUAUAAAUAUUAAUACUUUUUCUUUUAGAUUUCUCAUUUUUUCAUAAUUUGAUGAAAAGAACAAAGUUAAUUCGAUUAUAGUUUUGUUUAAAAAACGUACUAAUGUGAAGUUUUAUUUUCGAGAUACAUAUAACACUUGCUAUUAUUUUUUUUAUUAUUUCCAAUGUUAGCCAACAAGUUUAUAGAAGCUUCGUAUCAAAUUGUUAUCAUAGAAAGUAUAUG